AUGGACUUCAACUUCGACAUGGACAUGCCCAUGGGCAUAGAUGAAACUGAGGCCUUGCAUGAGGCAACAGGCACGAUGCUGCAACUUGGUCGAGGUGUACUCCAGAUCGUAGAAUUAUACAGAGAGCUAAUCCAGCCUAGGCAGGCAGCAGCUGAGGAGAGGAGGAGGAUGAGGAGAAGGCAGAAGAGAUGGUGGGUCAAAACUUGGCUGACAAGAAGGGUGGACCAGGGACAUUAUGACAAUUUGAUGAAGGAGCUUGAGCUGGAAGAUCCUGCAGCAUUCAAGAACUUUAUGCAAAUGGAGCCUGCAAUGUUCCAAGAGAUUCUGCAGAGGAUCACACCUAGGAUAGAGAAGCAAGACACCUUCUGGAGGAAAGCACUGGAACCUGGAGUCAAAUUGGCCAUCACCAUCUGCUUCCUGGCAACAGGCGACUCAUACAAGUCCUUGAUGUAUAACUUCCGAGUGCACACCUCCACCAUCUGCAAAUUCAUCCAGCCAGUCUGUGAGGCCAUCAUAGCAGAGUAUAGCGCCGAACUGGUAUGUUGUCCUAAAAGUCCACAAGCGUGGUUGCAAGUAGCUCAGGGGUUUGAAUCCAAGUGGAAUCUACCUCACUGCAUAGGAGCUAUUGAUGGAAAGCACAUUGCCAUGAAGUGCCCUAAGAAUGGUGGCUCCUCCUUCUACAACUACAAGGGGUUCCACGCCAUAGUCCUGAGGGCAUUGGUUGAUGCUGACUACAAGUUCCUGGCCCUGGACGUUGGUGCUUCAGGUUCUGGAUCAGAUGGUGGUAUCUUCGAGUGUACAGACCUGAAACGGUGCAUGGAAGAUGGAUCCAUUGGCCUACCUCCUCCUUCUCCGCUGCCUGGUGGUGACAGACCUGUGGGUUACUACAUUGUGGGUGACGAUGCAUUUCCACUGAAGACAUGGCUAAUGAAGCCGGUGCCUAGCAGAAACCUCAUCAUCGAAGACAGGAUCUACAACUACAGGCUGUCCAGGGCCCGGCGGGUGGUCGAGAAUGCCUUCGGCUUGCUGACUAGCCGAUUCAGAUGUCUCUUAACCACACUGCCACAAGAGCCCGACAAGCUGGAGUCCAUCGUGCUUGCCUGCUGUAUUCUUCACAACCUCAUGUGCACACGGUAUCCUGCCCUGCAGAAUGACAUGCUGGACAGGGAGGAUCCAGAGACCCACAACGUAGUCAACGGGCCUUGGCGAGAAUCCACAGCAGCACUGUUGUCCCUGGAGUCUUGGAUGGGCAGUCACAACGCUUCACAUCAGGCCAGAUAA